AUGGCCAAACGCCUCAAGAUGGUGGUGCUGCAACGCGACAAUGCCCGGGCUCACGUCACCCCCAUGGACGAGCCACUCAAGGCCGCCUUUGACGAAUACGGCACCAAAGGUUGGACCUUUUCACUGGCUCUACAGCCGCCAAAUUCCCCGGACACCAACAUCUUGGACCUUGGCUUCUUUGCCGCGAUCCAGUCCCUACAACAAAAGAAGUUAGCCAGGUCGAUUGAUGAGCUCGUUGCAAACGGCGGCCAAGCAUUUGACGAUUACGCCAUGGAGAGUUUGGCCUGCCUUGUGGAGACCAUGCGGCUCUUUGGUGACAAUACCAACAAGUUGCCCCACAAGGGAAAAGAAUGUCCACCGGAUGCGUACGACACUUGCACUUGCAAGGAGAAGCUGGCCGCACAGCAUGGAGCAGCCAUGGAGCGAGCUGUGUCGGCGGAGGCCUCUUCGACCUCCGCCGAAAGUGCCUCGACGAGCUAG